CACGGACUGCGGCUUGUCAGGACGUCUACAGGUAUUGUUCCACCAUGUAUCUAAUGGCAUUGGGGAACUAAGAAAUAUUUUCCUACAGAGUUGUACAAACGGGCUGAUAUCCUGCCAGAGGGUCUUCAAGGAUUUUGUCCUCUGGUGUCAUGGUUGAGUAAUGUUGACACAUCCAACUUCCUCUGGAAGAUAAAUAACUGAAAAGCUGGUCUGAUAAUAAAUCAACCAUGUCAGUCAAAGAGGCUUCGAUUGGACACGCUCAGGGAAGAGUGGGUCUGAGGAGAAAGCUGACAGGUCCUCCACGACGACUCCUUGGUAAAUCAAAGACUAGCAGUGACAUGGAGAGGAAGGGAAAGACUUGGGCUUGGGGACAGAGAUCAGGGGAUGGCAAUGGGACCAAGGAAGAUUCCAUGCCUGGCUGUCAGGACACAAUCUUUGAAGAGGUUCCACUGGAAUCUACCACAAAGAGCCCUCGGAAAUCCACUGAUUCCAAAGAGGCAACACUAGAAAACACAAUGGGAACCACAAAGUCACUCUCCACAGAACAAAGUGAUGUAAAAGCUGACCAUUCAAACCAAAAGCACAAGAGGGAAAAACAAGGCACAAGGAAGCGAUGUUUCUCUCCAUCACUCYUCUGCAUUAGAAGGUGGAGGAAGAGAGCUGGUGAAAAGGAAGACAAGGAAGGUCAUGAUAUCACAUUUUUCAACAAGCAAACCAGAGACUUUGCUGUUCAACCAACUGCAGUUUAUGGGUUAACAACCAGUGAAAAGCAAGUUAACAAUUGCUCUAGCAGGGCUAAUCCUGCGAUGAAAGGAAAGGAUGAAAAGUUAAAAGUUAAAACCUGGAGAAUCUUCAAAAGGCUCAUGAUCGCUCCCAGUGACCAUUCAAAAACAAAGCAAGAACAGCUAGGACCAGAGAUUUCUCUACAAGAUCAUUCUCCUUGUGCUAUUUCCUCCAAGAAAAAGACUGUGAAUCUCUGGAGGCACAGAACCAAAAAGCCCUCUCCUUUCUUCCAGGAGCGUAUUGGAGGCACACAGGAAUACAUUGAGGAGGAGACUAUAGUCCUGGCUAACAGACAUGCUGAUGAUAUUACUGAGCUCAUGAACCCUAAUCCACAUCCCCUAGAUUUUGUCAGGGAGGUUAAGGUGCAUUGCUCUGAGACUCUAACAGUGAGUGUGGAUGUGAGUGUUAUGAAGUCAGAGGACACUGAGGUCAGAGACACCAUAGAAACAAGUAAAGAAGAAACUAAGGCUUACGAAAACCCUGCCCCUARAACUGAUAAAAUGGAAGCUAAAAAAUAUCCUGAAAAUAGACUGGAGCAGGCGGAUGAGAUGCUGGUAACCCCAUAUCCCAUAGAGACCUAUAGUUGUGCCGGCAAUGACGGGGUGAAUCUUGUUUCAGAGGUAGAGGAGGUGCAGAGACAUUUAGGCUUUAGUGAAAGUGUUACCUCAAGCACAGUUGCCGCAGAGGAUCUAUCAUUGGGGGGGGGAUUCACAUUAAACGCUAUUAACAAACACAUUGACUUAAAUGCAAUUUGUGAGGAUGCUUUUGUACAUAAUGGAAUACAAGCUAUAGAGGAAAAAACUCAAACGAGCAUAAUUGCAAAUGAGAGUGUUAAAGAGGAUUCACAUUUAGAGAGUAACAUGUCUGAUGACGUGCAUUUUUACCCCAUUGAACUGAACAACUCUUUGAAGACUGGUUGUGACACAUUCCAUGGAAUCCUCAAUYCUGAAAAUAAUGGUGAUUCUAAGCAGAACUGUGAUGUGCAGCAGAAAGAGGUCCACCUGCUGGAGACUGCAUGCUCUGUGGUUCAGGUAGUCAUAACCGCUGCCUUGGAUCAGCUCAGAGUUGAGCUGGUGAACUCAGUUACCACACUGGCCCAAGAGGAAAGAGAGUGCUGAAUGUUCACGUGCAAAGUCCAAAAACCAACAACUCUCUCAUUCAGAGGUACCAUGACCUUUGCAUCAUCCUGCUUKUGAUAAAUUAUGAACCUGUAUCACUACAGAAAGCUAUGGUUUUGUUUAUAAAAAAAAUAUAGAGAAAACAUAUAUCUGCUGUCUAAAAGUAUAGAUAGUUGCUAAUAUGUCAUCUUGAUCUUUGUGAAUUUAUGUCUUAGAAAUAUGAUACUGUAUCAAAAAGCAGCUUUUUGCUUUUCUGUCAUAUUGUUUGUUUAGCAACUCAUCGUGUGACAUAACACCCCAGAUUGUGGAAGACUUGUUUCCAUAGCAAUGAGAUCCAUAUUAUUAUACUGUACUUUUACAUGGACAUGUGCAAUAAACUUUUGUCAUGCUU